AUGAGCGUCGUCGGCCUCGACUUCGGCAGCGUCAACUCCGUGGUGGCGCUCGCCAGGCGCAAGGGCAUCGACGUCGUGCUGAACACCGAGUCCAAGCGCGAGACCCCCGCGAUGGUCAACUUCGGCGAUAAGCAGCGAUUCAUCGGCUGUGCCGCCGCCGAUAAGAUCAACAUGCAGCCCAAGAACACCAUCGUCCAGCUCAAGCGCCUCAUCGGCCUCAGGUUCUCCGAUCCCGAGGUGCAGGCGCUGGUCCCCGCCUUUCUCUUCCCCAUCUCCGGCGGACCCAACGACGAGAUCCUCAUCACCGUCGACUACCUCGGCGAGAAGAAGACCUUCACCCCCGAAAGGCUCGUCGCCAUGAUCCUCAGCGACCUCAAGGUGAUCGCGGAGGCUGACCACGGCGCCAAGGUGACCGACUCGGUCAUCUCCGUGCCCGUCUUUUUCACCGACGCGCAGCGCCGAGCCAUGCUCGACGCCGCCUCCAUCGCGGGCCUCAACGUCAUGCGCCUCAUGCACGAGACCACCGCGACGGCGCUCGCGUACGGUAUCUUCAAGACGGCGGAGUUCGGCGACGAUCCCCACAACGUCGUCUUCGUGGACGUCGGCGCCUCCUCCAUGCAGGUUUGCGUGGUGCGCUUCACCAAGGCGCAGCUCAAGGUUCUCGCCACCGGCUUCGACCGCAACCUCGGCGGCUCCUCCUUCGACCAGGCGAUGAUGGACCACUUCUGCGAGGAAUUCAAGGCGACCAAGAAGAUCGACAUCAAGUCCAACGCCCGCGCUUCGCUUCGCCUCCGCACCGCGGUUGAGAAGAUGAAGAAGAUCCUCUCUGCCAACCCCGAGGCGCCGCUCAGCAUCGAGUGCAUCAUGGACGACGUGGAUGUCAACUCCAAGAUGACCCGCGAGAAGAUGGAGGAGCUCUCCUCCGCGCUCCUCGACCGCAUGAUGGAGCCCGUCAAGAAGGCCAUGUCCGAGGCUGGCAUGAUCCCCGCGGACGUCAAGGCUGUCGAGCUAGUCGGCAACGCGUCUCGCAUGCCCUUCAUCAGCUCCCAGCUCGAGGCGUUCUUCGGGAUGCCGUGCUCCAGGACCCUCAACGCGUCCGAGUGCGUCGCCCGCGGCUGCGCGCUUCAGGGCGCCAUGCUCUCCCCGCAGUUCCGCGUUCGCGAUUUCGAGGUUGUGGACUCGUUCCCCUUCCCCGUCUCCUUCUCGUGGCAGGCUGACGGCGGCGAGGUUAAGGACAUGGAGCUCUUCGAGCGCAACAACGCGGUGCCCUCGUCCAAGAUGAUGACCUUCUUCCGCAACGAGACGUUCACCCUGCAGGCCAAGUACACCACCCCCACGCUUCUUCCGCCCAACGCGAUGACUCAGAUCGGCUCUUUCGACGUCGGCCCCAUCCCGUCUACCAACUCUGACGACGGCAAGACCAAGCUCAAGGUUAAGGUUCGCCUCAACCUCAACGGCCUCGUCUCCGUGGAAUCCGCGCAGGCUGUCGAGGAGAUCGAGGAGGAGGUUGCCCCGGCGCCCGAGGUUGCCCCGGCCGCCGAGGCCCCCAUGGACACCGACGCGCCCGCCGAGAACGGCGAGAACACCGCGCCCGAGGAUCCCAACGGCGAGAAGCCCAUGGAGACGGAAGCCGCAGCGCCGGUUCCCGAGAAGAAGAAGAAGGUUAAGAAAAUCGACGUGCCCGUGUCCUCCACCGUCGGCGGCCUGCCCGCCCAGGUCCUCGAGCAGUUCGUCAACGAGGAGUUCGAGAUGGCGCUGCAAGACCGCGUGAUGGAGGAGACGAAGGAGCGCAAGAACGCGGUGGAGGAGUACGUGUACGGCAUGAGGACCAAGGUUACCGGCGCCCUGUCCGAUUUCGUCGCGCCCGAGGCGGCGGAGUCCUUCGUCGCCCUCCUCAACGCCACGGAGGAUUGGCUCUACGAGGACGGCGAGGACGAGACCAAGGGCGUGUACAACGCCAAGCUGGAGGAGCUCAAGGCGAUCGGCGACCCGAUCGAGCUGCGCGCGAGCGAGGAGAGCGCCAGGCCCGGGGCUUGCGCCCUCCUCCAGACCAAGGCUUCGGCUGUUCUCGCCGCCGCCGCGCCCGACGCCGCGCACGAGCACAUCGACGCCGCCGACCUCGAGAAGGUCCGCGGCGAGGCGCAGGCGGCGCUGGACUGGCUCGCCGAGAAGCAGGGGCUCCAGGCGGCGGUCGGCAAGACCCAGGAUCCCGUCCUGCUCUCCGCGGAUGUCGACAAGAAGCUCGCCGCGCUGGAGAGGUUCUCGACGCCCAUCAUGUCCAGGCCCAAACCCAAGCCACCCGCGCCCGAGCCCGCGCCCGAGCCGGCCAAGCCCGAGGCGGAGGCUAACGGCGACGCGAACGGCGAGGCUGCGCCCAUGGAGGAGGACGGCGAGGGAGCGCCCGAGGCUGCCCCCAAGGCUGACGAUCUCGACUGAGUCGACGUCGGCGGGGCAACCACCACCGUUACACAUCACACGCCGCUCGCAAAAAGCACGCACCACCUAUUUUUUACCUCGAAAAGGGCUUGAAAUAUGAACAGGCAUCCAUCACG